AGGCGGGAGUCGUCGUCAUAGGACGUCACGGAGCCUCCGGUUGUUUUUUUUUUCUCUGUAUUUUAUGAUUUUUUUUUUUAUCUCACAGCUCUCUGGGUCUGAGUGCCUUAUACGAUGUUCUUUGGUCUAGAAAGUCGCGUAGGCACCAUUUACGCAAUUUAAACAAACCAUCUAAUCCGAACGGCGUGGGCGCCAACCGCAGCGGGAGAAGUGGUUUAGCUGAGUAGCAGCGUUUCAUCUCGAUUUCCGCUAGCCGUCUUCGCUAGCUUAGCCGACGCGAUGGACCAUCACCAGGCGGCAAGCCGAUACCGAGUGUUGCAUAAUGAGGAUGACCCCUCUGAAGCUUCCUCCAGAGCUGAGGCUUCCACAUCCAGUCAUGAGCCCCCUCUGGCAGAACCCACUUUGUCAGUUGAUGUGGAGGCCCCGCCCCCUCCAUAUGCCAGCAUUGCGACUGGAGCAACGGCAGCACCAGAGGUUGGCUUUCAGGGGGACUUCCCGGUCCCUCCCCCAUACAGUGUGGCGACCUCCCUCCCCACCUACGAUGAGGCAGAGAAGGCCAAAGCGGCCGCCAUGGCAGCAGCAGCCGUGGAGGUGGCACAGCGGGAGGAGGAAUUUUCACCCCGGGAGGAUUUCAGUGAUGCCGACCAGCUGAGAGUUGGCAACGAUGGGAUUUUCAUGUUGGCCUUUUUCAUGGCUUUUCUUUUCAACUGGAUUGGGUUCUGCUUGUCAUUCUGCCUGACCAACACUAUAGCAGGCAGAUACGGUGCCAUCUGUGGGUUUGGCCUCUCUUUGAUCAAGUGGAUUCUCAUUGUGAGGUUUUCAGACUAUUUUACUGGAUACUUCAAUGGGCAGUACUGGCUCUGGUGGAUUUUCCUUGUUCUAGGUCUGCUGCUUUUCUUCAGAGGGUUUGUGAACUAUCUCAAAGUGCGUAACAUGUCUGAAAGCAUGGCAGCGUCCCACAGAACCCGUUUCCUAUUUACCUAUUAGAGGUUGGGCUACCAGAUGUCCCCUGCCCCAUAAAUGUCAAACCUCAUGAUAACAGAAUUUAAAAUAUAAGCUGUAUCCCAGGCUACAGGAACUAAGAAAUGGCGCUGUGAACCAAAAACACAAACUACUAGAAUACAUAGAAAGGUCUUGUUAACGCUUCUUUUAAAAAUCCCCACCGAUCAUAUUUACUUUCUUCCCCAUGAGGAAAAAACAAGUCUGCCUCAUUUCAGAAAGCAGUAGUUGGCAUGUUAGCAGCAUCACGUGUAUUUAAAAUGUUUCUUCCAUGCCCCCUCCCCCCGAUAUAAGACAAACAAUGAAGCAUUAUGUAGUCAUCAGAAUGAGUUACACAACACAGUUUUGCCACUUUUAUUUUUCAGUCAAGAUUUUGGAAUUUGCUGACUUUGCACUGUAUAUCUGAUAUUUAAAGAAUAUUCACCUUUAUUAAUCCUCGAUCUGAGUUGUGUCAACUUAAUUAGCCAAUCCAUAUUACAAAUACACUAUUCAAGAACUUAUUUUUUCCUUUUAACCUGAUGUCUGACAUUGUGGUGUGUAAAUGUACAGCUUUGCCAAUUGUUUAUUAACUGGAAUUUGUACUUAAUCAUGAUAUUUGCAUUUCUGCCUUUCUUGCAAAAGGGAGUUUCAUUUGAAUUUCAGAUUUUAAUAUGUAGCGUAAUAUGCACAAUACAGAAUAUCUGACAUUUGAACACUAGCUCCAAGGAUGACUUUCUUCCCAACUUGUCCCUGGUGCUGUCCAUCGCUUGAAAAUAUUGUGGCAGUUUGAGUCUGAUCUGAUCUUUACAUCCCUCAUUUUAUUGUGGACAAAAACUGACCUGACACACACUGGGACAUAUGCAGAAUGUAGGAUGCAUGCACACCAGGGGUGUCUCUAGAGCAGAUGCUUUUGUCACUUCAUGUUAUGCUUCAUUCUGUGCGAAGGCAGUAGAUGGGGAUCGGAGAUUCCCUUCUGGAAGUGUCAUCAAGCUUGGAAGUUGGAAUUUUUUAUUUGAAAACAUUUAUCCUUUGUUAUAAUUAGCUGUAUUUUUUUUUCUGUUUUCUCCCAGAUGGAAUGUAUUUUCCUAAACUGUGCCAUGUCUUGGGAAGUUGAUUUCAUUAUUAUUAUUAUUAUUAUUAUUAUUAUUAUUAUUAUUAUUAUUAUUAUUGAGCCCUUCUCAUGUCAUUCCAUAAGACACUGUUUAGCAAUUUAAGGUCUUAGAAUUAAACAGACCACAAAUGCAUGGUAAACUUGAUUGAGCUGGCUGAUAUAGUAUAACAAUGCAAUAUUAGUGUUUAAAAUAUACUUUUUUAAAAUUGGAAACACUUCUGAUUAUCCAUAUGUACGUUUAAUGUAAAUUGUACCAAGUCAGCAGAACACUAAUAAAUUUUAAAAUGCAUCUUGUAAAUGA